AUGAUUUCCCCAGUUUAACAUCGCAAGCGUGGUAGAGUAUGAAGGUAGAAGAUCUCCGUUCGUAAAAAGUGUUCGUUGACAUUGUUCGAAACUAUUAUCCUUGAAAUUAACUAACAAGAAAAAUAUGAAAUCGAAGAAAUCCAGUUCCGUUGGAGUACUUUAUUUGAAAACAUAUAAUUUGACGCUAGUUUUCGGAUGGUCUUACAUACUUCUAAGAUUUUUCCAAAAUGAUUUUUCAUCUACUGUAGAGUUAGGUUUGUGGCAAAACCUUAAAUGGCCUGUUAUAAUUUUUCAACAUGCAGCUAUACUGGAGGUAGUACAUGCAAUAGUGGGAUUAGUGAAAUCUAAUCCUUCUCUCACAGCUUUCCAAGUCGCUAGUAGAGUUUUUGUAGUGGAUGCUGUAUUAUUAGCAAUUCCAUACAGUGCAGCAUCAACCACUGGACUAACAUUGGCACUGUUAGCAUGGACGAUAACAGAAAUAAUAAGAUAUUUGUAUUACUUCAUGAAUCUUAAUAAUUUUGUACCAUAUUUCCUCACGUGGUUAAGGUAUACAUUAUUCAUUGUAUUAUAUCCAAUUGGUAUAACAGGAGAAUUAUUAUGUCUAUAUGCAGCUGCACAAUAUGCAAAAUCACAUCCUGAAGACUGGAGUUACAUGCUGCCUAACUCUUUGAACUUUACAUUUAGUUAUCACUAUUGCCUCAUCCUUACUAUGUUAUCAUACAUUCCUAUUUUUCCACAACUGUACCUUCAUAUGUUCGCGCAAAGACGUAAAAUUUUGGGGAAAGACUCGAAUAAAAAAGCUCAGUAAUAUAAAGAAGUUUUGUAUUUGUUAUUUUACAUCUUUACAUCUUAUUACAUUGACAAUACAAGUUUGAGUUUAUAAAGCCCAGGUCGAAUUUGUUAUAAUUUAAAUGUAGUAUCCCAAUUAUUAUUGUAUAAUAUAUUAUACCCAAUUGAAUGUAA